AUGACCUUCCCGACACCAAACCCGAGCUCAAGUUCAAAUUCGAGACCAUGCUCUAUCCCUCGUACAUUCCGUAUCGGCCAACCAUCCGAUGCUGCGUCCUUCUCCAACCUUCUAAAAGAAGUAUUCACCAAGACGUUUUCUCAUGAUUUACCAAACGAGGACUUACAAGAGUACCUAUCCAACACAUUAUCAAAUCAGCAGAUCGAAAGAGAAAUUCGGGAUGAUGACUCAAUCUGGAUCUUAGCUGUUUCCGUACCUGUAUCUAUCAGAUCUUCAACCCAAAAGGAAGAAGACGAGAUAUUAUUAGGUGUAAUUCAACUUCGGCUCAAAUCGAUCAAAGAUUGUCUGACCCUCACCUCAAGCCCCAUUGAAUUACAUCGGAUAUACCUGUCCACCCAAACGCACGGUAAAGGUUUAUCUCAAUCUAUACUCCAUCAUGCCGAGGAGAUAUCAAGAGCCAGGGGAUAUAGUAGUAUAUGGUUGGAAGUGUAUAGUAAACAUCCUCAGGGGAUAAAGUUCUACGAGAAAAGUGGAUUUAGGAAAUGCGGAGAGAGGAUCUUCAAAGUUGGGGAUGAAGAACAGGUUGAUUGGGUGAUGGAAAAGAGUUUGAUCGAAUAG